GCCGUUUACUGCGCCUUGAUUAAACGCAGAAAAAAACUUAGUCGUCAAAAGAAAAAUGCCGCUGCCAAGAAGGAACGUAAUGAUAAAGGUAUUUUAAUAAUAAUUCAUGGUGAUAGAAUCAUCUUAUAACUUUCUUCAGAUGUGUUGGUUUCUUGCGUUGACAGUGGAAUUCGCGUAUUUUCUUUUAAAAAUCUAAUAUACGACAUAAAAUGUUCGAAAUGAACACGGCGGAACCCAUGCAAGUGGAUGUUCCAUUAGAAGAUAACGAAAACAAUGAAACAGAAUGCUACGUCGUUGAAAAUCCUACUUUAGAUCUAGAGACAUAUGCAGCCUCAUAUACUGGCUUUGCCAAGUUGUACAGAUUAAUGUUUGUGGCAGACCAUUGUCCACCUUUAAGAUUGGAAGCUCUUAAAAUGGCAAUAUCACAUGUUAUGACUACAUAUAAUGUAAGCUUGUACCAAACUCUUCAUAAAAAACUUGCUGAGGCAGUAGCAUCUGCAGGUCUACCUGAUGUUGCUGUUCAAAUGGGAUCACAAGAUAUCCCAGUACUUGAUACUAUGUGGGUUGAAUCUAAAACUAAAAAAGCAGCCAUUAAGCUUGAAAAAUUGGACACAGACCUCAAAAAUUAUAAAACAAAUUCAAUAAAAGAGAGUAUUCGAAGAGGACAUGAUGAUUUAGGAGAUCAUUAUCUUGAUUGUGGUGACCUAACUAGUGCUUUAAAGUGCUACUCAAGAGCCAGGGAUUAUUGUACUAGUGGAAAACACAUUAUAAUGAUGUGCCUCAAUGUAGUUAAAGUGUCAGUAUACUUGCAAAAUUGGGCACAUGUUCUUAAUUAUGUAUCCAAAGCGGAAGGAACACCAGAUUUUAAUGAAGUGCCAGGGAAAGACACAAACCAGUCUAUUCUAACUCGUUUAAAAUGUGCUGCCGGCUUAGCUGAAUUAGCUACAAAAAAGUAUAAGUCUGCUGCUAAGCACUUCUUAGCAGCCAGUAUUGACCAUUGUGAUUAUUCAGAGCUAUUGAGUAGCAACAAUGUUGCUGUUUAUGGGGGACUAUGUGCUCUGGCAACUUUUGAUCGUUCAGAGUUACAAAAGCAAGUCAUAGUUAGCAGUUCUUUUAAAUUAUUCUUAGAACUAGAGCCGCAGUUACGUGACAUAAUAUUUAAAUUUUAUGAAUCUAAAUAUGCAUCCUGCCUAAGGUUACUGGAUGAAAUAAGAGACAAUCUCCUAUUAGAUAUGUAUUUAGCUCCUCACUUAAAUUCCCUUUACAUGCAAAUACGUAACAGAGCAUUGAUUCAGUACUUCAGUCCAUACCUCUCAGCAGAUAUGCGUUUAAUGGCUGCUGCUUUUAAUCGCACUGUUAAUGCUCUAGAAGAUGAACUGAUGCAAUUAAUACUCGAUGGGCAAAUUCAAGCUCGCAUAGAUUCUCAUAAUAAAAUCCUGUAUGCUAAAGAUGUGGAUCAGAGGAGCACUACCUUUGAAAGAAGUCUCUCCAUGGGAAAAGAGUAUCAGCGACGGACAUCCAUGCUGAUCCUACGUGCUGCUAUGCUCAAAAAUCAAAUUCAUGUUAAGAACACUGGCCGUGAUACUGGACCCCAAAUUGGUGAAGCACCUGGCUCCAGCACCAGUCUCACUCCUCGUACCUUUGAUACUGUACCCUUGUGAUGAAUUUAUUCUAUAAGAUAGCCAACACUUCAUUACUUUUACAUGACAAUUUAGAUUACACUGCCACAGCUUGUAAAAUUCAUUUCACAAUCGAACUAAAUGCCUACCCAGUUUGUUUUAAAUAAUCCUGAAUUAGAAUGUAUUACAGUCUAAUAAUAAUAAAUUGUCAUGUGAAAAUGUUCUCCAGUUAAAAACAGCAUACAUGUCUGAUUAACACGCUUUUAUUUUCAAUUUAUUUUGUUGUGCAAAAAACACCCAUGUGGGUAUAGCAAUGUCAUUGCAUAUUAACAUCAUAAGAAAAAUGUUAAUCAGCAAUCACAAAUAUGAACAGCUGGUGCAAGCAUUACUUCUUAAUAUUGUUUAUACUGAAUUAUUCUAUGUAACCACAAAAUAUUAUGUCUACGUAAUUUUUAAUUAAAAAGUAAAGGCAUA